AUGGGUAAGGUUGGAAUGUCUGACUUGACGAAGGAACUGGCUAUAGAUUGGGUCAGGGAAGGGAAGAAAGAUAUGGCGAUCACGAGUAUCUGGCCUGUACCUUCAAUCCAAUCUGGUGCUACAGGCCAGAUCACAUCAGUCGAUCCUAAUGUAAUCAAUGACCCGAGAAGAGCGACGAUAUAUUCGGAUGCUAUUCUCGCCAUGCUGAAAGCGCCUGCUGACCAGGUAAACGGACUCCUAGAGUUGGAUGAGGAUUAUCUGAGGAGGUACUGCGGGGUACAAGAUUUCUCUAAGUAUUCUGUCGUCAACGGUGCUGUUCGUAGAAGAGUUAUACCUGCCAAAUUUCCUGUACUGGAAAUUGCUGAGCAGGACGAUGAAGGCAGAAGGACGGAUAGUCUGAAGUUGAGAGGUUUCGAGCUCUGA